CCUAUACCUGUUAGCUCUUUUACAUGGCAAUUCUUAUAAUUCUUUUCCUGAACACUUCUGCAGCAUUAAUUUCUGCAACUCUUUAGAAGUUGUAUUCAUUUGAAAAAAAUCAUCAAAGCAUGGGAUGGUGUGUGCCCUCCUUGAGCAAUCAUUACGUCCCUUUUAAAUCAUCUCCUCUUCCUCUGGCCGCCCGCAAUUCUUUUUCACACACGCCCAGUAAUUAUUCACGUUCUCUUCUGAAGUGGAGGAGGUACCAUGGCUUUCUGGACAGCCAAGAGAUUGGAAUCACUUUCAAGUGCAAUGACCUCAGGCACAUAAUUUCGCGGUCCAAUUCAGUCUCUCGGGUUGCAGUGGAGGCAAAUGCUGAAAAGAAACCUUUGAAAAUAAUUAUUUCUGGGGCACCGGCAUCCGGAAAAGGGACUCAGUGUGAACUCAUUGUAAAGAAAUAUGGAGUAGUACAUAUUUCAGCUGGAGACUUGCUGAGAUCUGAAAUCACAGCUGGAACUGAAACUGGGGAAAAAGCGAAGGAAUUCAUGGAAAAAGGCCUAUUGGUUCCUGAUGAAAUUGUUGUCACAAUGGUAAAGAGGCGUCUUGCACAGCAAGAUGCACAAGAAAUGGGAUGGCUGCUUGAUGGAUAUCCACGGAGCUUAUCACAAGCAUUGGUUCUUGAGAAUCUUGAGAUCAAGCCAGAUCUCUUUAUUGUAUUGGAUGUUCCUGAUGAAAUACUUAUUGAAAGAGUUGUGUCAAGAAGACUUGAUCCUGUUUCAGGAAAGAUUUACCACUUAAAGUAUUUCCCUCCAGAGACUGAGGAAAUUGCAGCAAGGCUCACUCAACGUUUUGAUGACACAGAGGAAAAAGCAAGGUCACGUUUACAAACAUAUCAGCAAAAUGUUGAAUCAGUAAUUUCUAUCUACAAAAAUAUCAUGAAGAAGAUUGAUGGGAAUCGUCCUAAAGAACAAGUGUUUGAAGAAAUUGACAUGAUUUUGGCAAGAAAGGUUGAAGGACAAUGGAUGGAUCAUGAAUCUCCUGUUGGUGGCAAUGAAGAUGCAGUCAAAGGUUAUAACACUUUCCAAAAAAAGAAUAAUUGGAAAGGAAUUCCUACAAGGCUCAAUAACAUUCCUCAUUCGAGAGAGAUACGGGAAUAUUUCUAUGAAGAUGUGCGUCGUUCAACAAUAAGGGCAAUAGAUGAUGGUAUGAAUAGACUAAAGGUUGAAAUAAAUAUCCCAGAGCUUAACCCUGAAAUGGAUGUCUAUAGAAUUGGCACUUUGAUGGAGCUUGUACGAGUAAUUGCAUUGGCUUUGGCAGAUGAUGGAAAGCGUGUCAAGGUAUGUGUCCAAGGUUCCAUGGGUGAAGGUGUGCUUGCAGGGAUGCCACUACAGCUAGCUGGAACUAGGAAUAUAUUAGAAUUCAUGGAUUGGGGUGAAUACGGAGCAAAGGGAACAUUCAUUAACAUUGGUUCUAUAGGUGCAAAAGACGUGAAUGACCAAGAUGACAUAUUUAUUUUGGUGGCCCCUCAAAAUGCUAUGGGCAACUGUAUAAUUGAUGACUUGCAAGCUAUGGUGGAAGCAGCUGGUCGUCGACCUUUGAUACUUGUCAAUCCUCGUCUCAAGGACUUGCCAAGUGCUGGAGGAGUGAUGCAAACUAUAGGAAGAGAGAAGAGAAUGGAAUUUGCAGCAUCUUUUUCAAAUUGCUACUCAUUCCGUCUGCUUUACAAAGUAGGCACCCAAUAUCCAAUAAUGGGCGCUCUAAGGAUGUCCUAUCCAAACCCCUAUGAACUUUACGUCAGGACUGAUACCGAACAAGGGAAGGAGGAAUAUGUAAAUGUCGCAAGGUUUAUGGAAAAGCCAACUCGAGAAGAAAUAAAUGACAUCUUUAGUGGAAAGUCCAGGGGAAAAGAAAGCAAACCUACAGGAUUGUGGGGCCUUUUGAGUGCUAUGUUUUGAUAUCAGAUUUGAUAUAAUAAAGAGUGAUGAUCAUUUUCCAUGGGAUGUGAACAUUAUGGUUUGAGUAGAUUGCAAAUUGAACUAAUGAGAUUUUUAUCUGGAGAAUUGUAAUAUCUGCAACUAGAAUUUUGUAUAUUUCAUGAAAAACAUUGAAUCAGUUUCUGAAGGCAGACAACUAGCUUAAGUCUUAUCUUGCAGUUUCUGCUCCAUUAAGUUAUUAUGUUUUGGCCAUCUAAGUCGAAAAAAUUGACUGCAGUGAAUUAGCCAUAGAGCACAAGAAAGAACAAGGCUCAAGAAUGUUCAUACUACGUAUCACAGCCAAAAAAUAAAUCUUUUUUGUGCUACCAGAGCAUAAGAUGAGAGUGUAUAUAUUUGUUGAACAUUCUUGUUCUCUUUCUGCCAAAUUGUGGGCAAGGAGUUUUAUUUCCUUUUUAGAAUUCUAAUCACAGUGAAUCACUCAUGCAAGUCCAUUUAGGUCCAAACAUGUGUCAGAUGCAAAUUUGUUUAAGAGAAGGCAUUGUGACUUAAUAAUGCUCAUCUUGUCAACAGUUUUCAACAGUUACUAGAAAAACGAUGAAUCAAUGUUCUAAUGUCAUGAUCUCAGGAAGUGCUAAAGCAUAUAUAAUCAGUGUAUUAGUCACUGGGUUGUUUGAGUGGUGGUUAUUUAGUUCGUGUUACAUUUAGAUAUGCAACACACAUAGAUUCAUUCAGAGAGAAGCUUUAGGCUGACUUACUGGUCAUACAGGGUUGGCUUCUUGGACUCCAUCAGAUAUGUCGUUAAAUUUUGAAUAUAAUAUAAUUUAGAUUUUCCACA